UGCUGUUUUUUUUCUCCUUCAACCUUAGCUCGUUCUUUUAUGGCGGCGGCUACCUCUUCAUUCUCUCUGGCUCUUUCUGAGCCUCCAUCAUUGUCGUCUUCUAAAACCCUUAAACCCGUCUCUAAAACCUUCAGUCUAGGUUUCGCGACGUCGGUUUCGAAGGGCCUGGGGGCUCUCAGAGCUAAAGCCCCUGGUUUUGUCAACGCGUCUGCUCUCGGUGCCAAAAUGGUUUCGAUGCCGGCCAUAAAGCCCCUGACCUCGCUUGAUUUCGAGAUCAAUAUCUUUAAGAAGGAGAAGGUCAACCUCGCUGGUCACGACGAGUAUACUGUGAAAGGAGGGAGGGAUUUAUUCCCUUUGCUGCCGGAUGCGUUCAAGGGGAUUAAGCAGAUUGGUGUUAUUGGCUGGGGUUUCCAAAUUAUAUAUGUGUUUGUUGUUCUUUAAAUUAUUAUAUAUUUGAUUGUUAGGUAGAAGAAGGAUU